AUGGCUCCAUGGUCACAGUAUGAAGUGGCAGGAGGGCGAGAUGGGGCUGGGAGCCCUGUGGGUCAUAUUGAUGCCGAAUUGGCCUCUAUUGUUUCGUCGUUAAGUGCCUUGUCCAACCCUGGUGCGAAUGCAGCGCCUGCCGGUGCUGCUUCGCAGUUGGGUGGGUUCAGAAGGUCUAGUUUUGGUACUGAUGGUGGUUCUGACUUGUUGCUAUAUGAUGGAGAAACUUCUCCGGUGGUUCAGCGACGGACUGCUUUAUCGGUUGGGACUGCACCGGCUUAUGGAACGGCUGGACCGAGAUUGCCUCAGCACUAUUCUGCGAGUAUUGGUGGUCCCUUGAUGUCUAGUUCGCCUACUCGUGGUGGUGGGUUCUUUGAAAAGUUUGGAAAGACUUUGAUUGAGGGUACUAGAGAGUUGGAGAGUCAAAGUGGGAACGGGAAUUCUCAGAGUUCUGUGGAGGCACAGGAAGCACAUAGUAAGAACAUUUGGAAUGCAGAUGCACCUGUUUUCAAGCCCAGUGAUCCAUAUCAGUUUGAACAACCUGGGUUUUAUGUACCCUAUGCAGCUCCCAAGCGUAAGCAACCUAAGAAACCACAUACUAAUCCGUAUUUGGAAGGCAAGAAGAAAAAAUCUGUUGCGAGAGUCUCUUCCCCACCGCCAAAGGGGUCCAAGCAGGGUGUUAGAUCACCUUUACUAGAAGAAUUUCGCUCGAAUAACGGCAGAGUUUACUCUUUGAAUGAUAUUCUAGGGUAUGUGCUCGAAUUUUGCAAAGAUCAGCACGGCUCUAGGUUUAUUCAACACGAAUUGUCCGUCGUGUCAUUAGCUGAGAGAGAAGUAAUUUUUAAUGAAGUGCGAGACCAUGCUAUUGAGCUUAGUGAUGAUGUUUUUGGUAAUUACGUGAUUCAAAAGUUCUUUGAAUUCGGAUCGACGACCCAAAAGGCAGUGUUAGUGUCGCAAUUUCGUGGUAAGAUGAAGAAAUUAUCGAUGCAGAUGUACGCAUGUCGUGUGAUUCAGAAAGUUCUCGAGUAUAUUGAUUUACCUCAGAGGAUUGCCCUGGUAAACGAACUCUCAUCAUGCGUAUUGCAGAUGAUCAAAGAUCAAAACGGGAACCAUGUGAUCCAGAAGGCCAUCGAACGUAUCCCAAUGACAGAAUUGCCCUUUAUUCUCGACUCCCUUGACGGCCAAAUUUAUCACUUGUCUACUCAUUCUUACGGUUGUCGUGUCAUCCAGCGGUUGCUUGAAUUUGGGUCUGAACAGGAUCAAUCACGUAUACUCGCUGAGUUGAAAGAUUUCAUCCCAUACUCGAUCCAGGAUCAGUAUGGUAACUACGUGAUCCAACACAUCUUACAACAAAAGGACUCCGAGUCGUACCCAGAGAUGCGUGAAACGAAGCAAGUAAUCGUUAAGACCGUCUCACAAAAUGUUGUCGAAUUCUCAAAGCAUAAGUUCGCUUCGAAUGUCGUUGAGAAAGCUAUAUUGUAUGGUUCCCCCAAUCAAAAGGCCAUGAUAGUCUCCCAGAUACUACCUCGUAAUGAAUCCCAUGCUAGAGACCUCGAAGACUCAGCACCAAUGAUUCUCAUGAUGCGCGAUCAAUUUGCAAACUACGUGGUGCAGAAAUUGGUUGGUGUGUCUGAGGGACAGGAUAAAAGGCUAAUCGUCAUUGCAAUCAGGGCUUACCUGGAUAAACUGAACAAAUCGGACUCCAUGGGUAAUAGGCACCUUGCGAGCGUCGAGAAAUUGGCUUCUUUGGUCGAAUCUGUUAAACUAUAG